AGGGACCACACUGAGACAUGAUACCCUUCAGCGGUUGCGCACAGCGUUUGUCACAACUACUCGUCGCAGCCGCGUCGUGAGUAGCCGCGACCAUGUCCCAACUCAGAAAGCAUUGUCCCAGCGGAAGGGCCCCGUGGAGAGAUGGGACGGCUCCCAUUAGCCAGUUCGUUUACGGUCUUCAACGCUGUAUAUCAGGGGAGCAGUGUUCCAAUGGGUAGUACCUCCGUUCUUUCAGCUGGGCGAGACCCGCAAGCUGCGUUGCGGCACAGCAGAGCCACGUCCAACGUGCCGCGGCCGGCUGGCCACGGUCAUGGUCAUGGUCAUGGUUUCUCCCUGUACAGAAGGAAAUGGUGGACAACGUGGUAUCCCGAAAUAUAUCAGACAUAUCCCUAAAUGAUCCACAUCGAGCCGUUCGCGGCCCACUUCCCCCAUGUCAUCCCUGCUGUCUCUAUAUCCGGCUCUGUGGCAUGAUGUCUAUCGCACUGACCUCAGAAUA